AUGACCACCAGCAUGACAUCCUCAUUGUCUACCCUCACAGUAUAUCACAUUGCUGUAGUGGGCUCAGAAAAUGUUGGAAAAUCGGCGCUCACCAUUCAAUACAUUCAACACAUCUUCACUGAGGAAUACGACCCAACUAUUGAAGACUCUUACACGAAACGAACACGAAUUGAUAACAAGGCAUGCUUGUUGGAGAUUGUCGAUACAUCAGGUCAAGACGAAUACAAGAUUUUACGAGACUCAUACAUGAGAAGUGCCUCUGCUUUUCUCUUGGUGUUGAGUGUGACUGAUCGAAAGAGUAUGUAUGCCAUCCGAGAAUUUCACGAACACAUUUUACGAGUGAAGGAACACGAAGAGAAACCAAUGGUUCUCGUUUGUAAUAAGUGUGACUUGGAUUCACAGCGAGAAUGUUUCAUGCAGGAAGCGAGAAUGUUGGCAAAGGAUUUGGGAAUUCCUCACGUCAUUGAAACCUCUGCCAAAACGAGAUGGAAUGUCAAAGAGGCAUUUGAACUCUGGGUACGAGAAACUAGAAAAGCUUCUGAAGAGGGCCUCCAGAGCUUGGCUCAUCCUAUUGGAGAGGGAAACAUCUUGAAGACGAGAUCCAAGCGCAAAUUACGACCAUGUGUGGUGAUGUAA